AUGUUGUGUUUGAAAAAGAAAAUCACGAGGAUUUGCUUCUGCUUUCAGGAAAAAUGCCUUUUAGAGAAUGUUCUUGGCAGAAACUUAUAUUGUGCUUUACUUGCCAUAGACGUUUGGUGUUUUGUAGCCAGGUAUGGGACAGCAGAGGUAUGCCACGCCCACAUCUGUCUGGUGGCCAGGUUAAUAGACGACCCUCAGUGGAACUGUAGUGUGCAGUAUCUCCACCUGGUGGCACUGUUCACAAGACUGGUCAAGUUCCAGGCACAGGAACACCAGGAGGCAUUUUUGCAAACAUUCCCUCCAGUAAACCACUUGGUCCUGUGGUCACACCUGCCAUUGACUGCACUGCCAUCUAUACUUCUGCAGCAGGUCAUUGAUCUUGGGGUCAUCAAGUGCACAAAGGUCAUCAAUGAUUGGAAAAGCAGUAGCAGUAAGACCCUAGGAAAAACAAGGGAAUUGUUUGCAGCACUUGCAUUUCUAAGAAACCUGUUAAGCACUCAACAAAUUAGAGAAAAAUAUGUAUCAGCUCAGCAUCAGGCUGUCUUGAUAGACCAGUGCUGCACCCUAUGGUCCAGUAUACCCUUGCAGGAAGUUUCAAGGUACCCAGUAGUGCAAUCAACAGUACUCAACCUUAUAGGAGUCACAGGGCAAUUAAUCAGUGGGCUGAACAAUGCAGAGGUCUUAAAGGUUGUGCAGUGCUUGCUUCACCUUAUAAAAAUCAGUCCUACGAGUGACAUACUGUGUGAAGUGGCAGAUUUUACCAGGAAUCUGGGAAAGAAGACAUUCCCUGCAUCUUCUGAGCAACCUCAGCUUCUGGCCCUCCUCCCCAAGUUAUUUGGUCAUCUUCUACAGAGCCAGAACCCUUUGGUGAAGCAAAAAUCAUUGGAAGCAUUUUCAAAGUUUGCUGAAGAAACCUCUCACGAGUCUAUAGUCCCUGAGAGUCUUCAACAGAAUGAGAAGAUACAGGGGGAGGUAGUCAGCUACCUUAACAAGGUGCCAUGGUCGCUUGCCUUACCAUAUAGUGAAGUGGAGUACCUGCAUAAAGUGGAUAACAUUCUAAAGGCGCCACCCUCUACACAGACAUGUCGUAACCCCGAGGAAAGAAAUAUGAAAGAUAAUCUGGAGUCAGACCAUGAGCCAGCAGCAAAAAGAUUGAGGCAAGAUUCUGAUGGGCAAAACCAGUUUCAGACGGAAGAGAGAUGUAAGAAGAUAUUGUCAAACAUGAGAACAGAAACUCAAGACCUGUUACAUGUCCAGUCCAUCUCAGGACUUCCACACUGGGUGGUGGAAGAAUUAAAAGAACUGCAUUCACAGAUUGGGACAAUGUUGUGAUGAAGAUUAGUUGUGUGAUCUUUCCUGGGCUGGUUCCUUGCAGAUCAAUCAAAUUUCAUUGCUGAUUCUCAUUAGAACUCUUGGCAUGCCUCAACUGUGUUAUAUUUGCCUAAGGAGACAAUUUAACCUUGAUACCUAGAGGAAUGCCUUACAGUAUAGGGAAGGUUUUUGACACAUGAGUAAUGCAGUGCCGUUAAAAACACUGGAAGUGAUGGACUUAGAUAUAGACUUUAAACCGACAACGACAUGUACAGCAUUUUAUUUGGAAUAUUUAAGAAUAAAAACGUG